AUGACUAUGGACGGUAGGAAUGAGAACGAGGUUGCUGCCCAACUUGACAUCGGAGUGUAUCUCCACCGUGCUUCUGGAUUAGGGCACGACCUCAUCGUAUCGCUCUUGCUCAAGCAUGGCGCCGACCCCAACAUCGAUACUGACGGCGACGGUAUGACACCUCUCUUGUUGGCAUCUAAGGAAGGCCAUGUUCGUGUGGUCGUAGCCCUGCUAUCGGAUGCUCGGGUCGAUAUCGGACAACGACACGGCGAGGGUGGUCACUCGGCCCUUGACUUGGCGGCGAUUGGAGGGCAUGCCGAUGUCAUUUCGGCGAUUGUCGAGCGACAGUCGGACGUCCUUGACUCGGCGUCUGAUGAGACCGGGUUUUCCGCCUUACACCACGCCGCCAAUCACAACGCGGUGGAUUCCAUUGAUGCCCUCGUAAACGCUGGAGCGAACCUCGAGAAUCGAGACGCUAAAGGCUGCACACCCCUCCGUGUCGCCGCUGGUUGUGCGUCGGAGGCCGCCUUGCUAGCGCUACUUCGACACGGUGAUGACAAAGAGAGUACGGGGGUGGACGGGCUAACCCCACUGCAGGAUGCAAUGGAGAAUGAUCUCUGGGGAAUAGCAACUGCACUAAUGGCCGCCGGUGCGGAUGUCAAUGUUCGGGACGGGUCGAAUGGGUACUCCCCGCUAGACUGUUCCGUCCGGAGUGAUGGCAUGGACCUCACGCGCCAGGUGUUGCAGCGCGGCGCGAUUGCAACGGCGUCAGCUUCAGAUGGAUAUACAGCAUUGCACUGGGCGGGAUGGAACAUGAACGCAUCCGCCGUUGACCUCCUGGUGGAAGUCGGCGCAGACCUGGAGGCAAAGGUUGCACUGGAUGGAUGCACUCCGCUCCAUCUCGCUGCGCGGCAGGCCGGGAAUGCAGCUGUGAUCGAGGCCCUUGCAAGGCACGGUGCCGAUGUUCAUGCUCAAGAAACUCCUUCGGGGAACACACCUUUGCAUGUCGCUGCUCAAAACUGCACCAUCAAAUCUUCCUGGGAGACGGUGGACGCGCUGUUGAAGGCCGGGGCUGACGAGACUAGAUUGGAUUGUCAAGGCCAGACUCCCCUAGAUGUUCUCGAAGCCAGGAUUGCUGCUGGCGAUCUCAUGGGUGCGUCGGCGAACGAGGCCGAGCGUACCCGGAGCAUGCUGGGUGCGGCUGACUGUUGUCGACGACACUAA